AUGCCCAAGAUUCAACGAUCUCCGCCCAAUCGUACCGUCAACCAUAUAGGUGUGACCGUUCCCGAUUGCGAAGCGGCAGUUGAGUGGUACACAAAAAUUCUAGGUUUCCGCAAACUGCAAGAAAACAUCAGCGUCAUCGAUAGAUCCGAGAACCCCGACGCUGCUAUCUUCCGGAUCUAUGGCGAGAACUGCAAGAAGCUGAAACUGGGCUGCCUUACCAGCGGCAACGGUGUUGGCUUGGAAGUCUUUGAAUGGAUCGACCCCAAAAUGUCACACCCAUCCGAGUUCGCAUACACUCGGGGCGGGUUCUUCCAUAUGGCAAUCACAGACUCUGACCCAGAAGCGCUCCUGGCAAAAGUUUUGCAAGCGGGAGGCAAGAGGAUCGGUGAGACUGUGUGGCCCUUCGCACCUGGGGAAGAUGAUGAAGUUGUUUAUUUUUCGGAUCCUUGGGGCAAUACCUUUGAAGUGGUGAGCUGUAGUUGGGAACAGCUCAUGGGCAACAGAGGAGGUCUCGAGAAAAUGGGACAAUCUUGA